AUGCAGCUCCCUUCUGCCACCACUUUGCCGCGAAAGGUCGUGGUCACCGGCUCCGCGUCGGGGAUCGGACUGGCGGUGACGGCAUCGCUCCUUGAGGCGGAAGCCGGGGUCGUCGGCAUCGACAUUGCCGGUUCACCCGACCUGACCAGCGGCUACGAGCACAUUCGCGGCGAUCUUUCGACCUUUGACGGCAUCGCCGCCGUCAUGGCGGAACUUCGCGGCAGGCGUUGCGAUGCCCUUGUCCAUUGCGCCGGCAUCAUGAGGACCGAUGCCAAUGCCGACAUUGCGCAAUCGAUGGGCGAAGCAUUGUGGGCGCUCCACGUUGUUGCGCCGCAACGGCUUUGCGAACUGCUCUUGCCAACCAUGCCCGACCGGGUCGGGCGCGUUGUCGUUCUGUCGAGCCGCGCGUCCGCCGGGCGGGCCGGGCGGGCUCUUUACGCAGCAUCGAAGGGCGGCAGCGAGGCGCUCGUCCGCUCGAUGGCGCUGACGGUGAUGGCGCGUGGGAUCACGGUGAACGCGAUCGCUCCCGGUCCGGUCAGAACGGCGCAGACGACCGAUCCCAACCGCGCCGACGCGGCGGUUGCAUUGCCGCCGAUGGGCCGCUUGAUUGUGCCCCAGGAAAUCGCUGCGACGGUUCUGUUUCUGCUGUCGGAUGCGGCGGGCGCCAUCACCGGGCAGACAUUGGUGCAGUGCGGCGGCCUGUCAUUGGCGCCGCCAUCGACGGCGACGCCACAAAGGGGGGCGGAUCAUGAAACGCUUUGA